UUACGCAGCGUCAAACCACACCGGGUUUCGCGUCAUUGUGGUCUGAAAUAAUAUCCGAUGCUGAUCCCCUUGAUCUGAUUUUAUUUGAUUAGAUCGAGAAGGAGAACUAAAGUAGUUUAUGUGCAGUCAUGGAGCGCACCGCAUUGGGUCUACCGCGCGCACAGCCUUCUCUGCGUGCAGCGCGUAAAAGCGAGUGGCUCCGGAGCGCCCUGGCCCACCACCACUGCCCUGAUCCCGGCGUGGAGAACGAAAUCGUCGUCCUGGCCACUGGGAUAGACCAAUACCUGCAGGAGGUCUUCCACCACCUGGCCUACCCCAACCGGGACGAUACGGUGUCGGCGGAAGAUUUCACCGCCCUGUGCGCCGUGCUGGGGCUCACCGGAGCGGAGAAAGGAAAGAGGACAAUGAAAGGAGGAACAGGAGACGGAGAAAAAGAUGAAGAAGAGUUUAAGGAUGUUUGUUCUGUGCUACCCUGCCAGCUAUCCUUUAAAGACUUCCACUCACGGCUCUGUGGGUAUUUCCGUGUGCGCAGUGCGCGGAGAGGCACCGGGGAGAGCGCCUGGCGCCUGCCCGUUACUGAGGACACGGAGCUGGUGGAGCGGCAGAUCCGGCUCCGGUGGCCGCGUGUCAGACGGAGGAAAUGUGUGAGUUUUGAUCUGGCGAAGGAUCAGAAGCAACCCGUCAACAGACUCAUUAAAGGGCGGACAGCAGAGGACCGAGAGACAGAUGAGGUAGCAGCUCUGAGAGAGCUGGUGGAGGACCUCCGCUCGGCGUUGCAGGGUAGCGACGCUCGCUGCCUGGCCCUGGAGGUGGCGCUCAGACGGGAGAAGAGCCGCACCCUUCCUUCUCCAUCCGGCUUCACCUCCACAGCUUCCUCUCCCACAUCCUCCAUCACCCUCAGACAGGGGAAACUGGUACCAACAUUAAGAAUAAAAGGACAGAGCAGCUGUGCUGGAGACGCGGCGAGGAGGGUGGCGAGGAAACGUGACAUCAGGGACCCCCUGGUGAGGGAGCUGAAGCUGAUCCGCUCCUCUCGUGACGGGCAGCUGGAGGAGGCCAUGAAGUUUAAUGAGCGUCUGGAGGAGGAGCUGCGAUGGGCGUACCAGGAGGUGCGCAAGAAUCACGGGGUGGAGUCGGCACUCAGGAAGGAGAAUGCUCAGAUCAGGAGGCGGGCGGAGGAGGCCAGGGAGGCUCUGAGCCUGGGGCUGCAGAGGGUGCGUAUGAUCCAGGAGCAGGCGCAGUCUGUGCCACAGCUUCAGUCCCAGAUCAGCCAACUGGAGACUGAACUCCACCAGUACAGAUCUUGCUGCACCUGCAUCCCUGGUCCCGCCCAUCAACAAACGUACCCAAUUGGAGAAGAAGACGCCUCUAACAAGACAGAGACUGAGUGUCUGCAGAGAGCAGUGGAAGGCAGGGCUGCGUCUGAUGAAGAGGAGGAGGACAGAGGGACCAGGGAGACGGGACAGUGCUGCCUGUUGGAGGUGAAGAAGCAGCGAGUGCACGGCUGUGGAGAAGGAUGUCAGAGCCGUGGCGUCCUCCAGCUCGUCUCUCAGAGUCACCAGCAGGACAACAGCCUGAUCAGCACUUUGAAGGACAGCAGGGGGCGCUGCAGCUGGAGGGGACAGCACCAAGAGCAGCCAGAAGGGAGCAGAGGCUGUGAGAAAGAAAAGAGACUUAUGGAAGAGGAGGACAAGACGAGACUGCAGGACAAAGAGAAGACACGUCUGUCUUUGCUGGAGGACAAAUUCACAGAUGCUCUAACACUGCUGCUGCAGCUACGCAACAAGAACGUGUCCCGGGGGGCUCUGGGGAAGAUCGUGAUGGACACUCUGGAUGUGUGCAGUCGGAGUGGAGAUGGUCCAGCUCAGGUCCUGCAGGCUGCUGAUGCCCUGUGUGUCCGGCUGUCCUCCAGGGACCUGCUGGUGAACGGAGCAGAUGAUGAAGCAGGAGAGAGCAGGGACACAGCUGCCUGUCUGACACCUGCAGGCUGUCAGAGAGGCACCAUCAACCCUCUGCUCAUCUCAUGCUAAAUAAGCUAAAGCUACCACUCUGCUACUAUUCCUCUUCUGAACCUGGUCUCACAGGAAUCCGUGAAAUAGCCACGGAUUCGCAUAACUCAAAUUUCCAUGAAACUGACACGGAUUUCGCUACAAUGCAAGUUAAUGACAGUCAUAUCCCGUGGCUAUUCCAUGGAUAUUUUUUCCUAUUGGUUUGUUCCAAGUCACGUGACUUUUAAGGUCCCGGCGGUCAGAACAAAAAACAUGGCAGACAGUUCUCUCAUUUUUAGUGAAAAAAUCAAUAUUUUGAUUUAGUCUCUGCAUAAAAAUGGAUUUUGAUCACAUUUCUAGAGAGAAAUAUAUGUUUUAUUUUCUAAAUAUUCACUCAGUGAAUGUACAUAAUCACUUUGUAUGUUGGAAUAGCCACGGGAUAUGAAUGUCAUUAACUUGCAUUGUAGCAAAAUCCGUGUCAGUUUCACAGAAAUUUGAGUGAUUCCGUGGCUAUUUCACGGAUUCCUGUGAGACCAGGUUGCCUCUUCUCCUUAAUCUCUGGUUUAUUUGCACCCAUUAACUUUGAAAUCAGUUAAAUGUAUUUAUAGAUUAAUUUAAUUUACUUUUUUCAGCCUCUUUGUGUUCUAUUUUGUAACUAUUUAAUA